UCAACACCACGACCUUUACACUGCUAACGCGGCCCUUUGCUGCUAGUUAUCUUAAUUGAGUGAUCAAUACCGCCCCAAACUUUACGCUGUAUAUUCGGAGCGACUGUUUGGCGGUAUUUUGUGACGUUCGUGGACAAGGUCACACUGCUCGGUUCGCCUCUCCUCUUUUGACACCCAACGAACCUUGGAAGAACAACGGCCUGACUUCUGUUUUGGACCAGAAACGAAUUGGGAACCGAUAUGCUACACAUUCUUGUUGGAUUUCGGUGAUUUCAGGGUUUGACGCCGCAAUCUUCGGAGGUAAUGCUGGAACGGGCUGCCGGAUGCCUUGAGAGCGCAGGACGGCGUUUCUUCCGGGACUCUAAUGGCGCGAUUCGAAGUCCAAGGCCGCUGUAUCCGAACUUUGGGCAAGCAAGCGGCACAAAUUCAGACUCCCUUUAUUGGCUUCCUAUCUCGUCAACGUCGGCCCGGCGAGUUUCGAAUCCUCUAAGUGGAACUGCAAGGGCAGGCAGAGUUACACACGAAGCACGGACUCCCUUUCUGGACUUCUUGUACCCUCCGCGCACCCAGGAAUUCGCAGCCUCAUGUCUGAUACGAUCUCCGAGAAGAUUCGCCGCGCGCCGGAGGAAGAGGAUCAUUGCAGGUCUUGCUAGAACAUACACAACGGGGGCCGCCAGUCUCUAUCAGCCUGCUGGGGCAGAUAGAUCAGGUUCUGAUUUCUCUGAUCCCAGAGAAAGAGAUGAUGAACGGAUGCAGGCAAUGCAUAACCUUUCGUUCUUGUUAGCAGAUUGCAAGCUCGAGGAGUACGACAAAGCAUGGUCGCUUUAUGUAACGGCAGGUCAUCCUCUUGAUGCAAAUCCAGCCCUCUUAGCGAUCCUAAGCCACUCAGAGCAAGAUGUCGAUCACAGACGGGCUAAGCGAUUGUUUGAAGGUAUCCCCUCUGACUCUCGGUCUGCGGAGGAUUACUUGCAUAUGGCGAAAUCAUACUUGGCGGCCGAAAGGCCACUGGAGACGAACCGGGUAUGUCGAGAAGCGCUGGAUAAGAGCCUGGGAAUUCCGUGCUGGGCUUACAGUUUGGCGCACUUUGUGAAUACCAUGCAGUGGGACUCUGCGCAACACGCUUGGGCAUCCAAACCGACAUCUGAUGAGCGCGAUUUAUGGGGUCAUGUUGCAUCGUCUUUGACACUUGCCGCUUUGCCAAAUGCUUUGAUUGCUCUAGCAUCAUUGUUACAAGAUCAAGUGGCCAAUGAUUCGGCGCGCGAUCUCGCCCGCUUUCUACUUGACCACGCCUUCUCCACGCUGGAAAUUAUUGAAAAUACAGCGACAGAAGCUCUUCUUCUUCUUUUGAAGGACUAUAACGCUUUAUCUAUUGUUACCCCUCGGCAUUACUUCAGGCUUAUGAAAACUCUUCAAUCGUCUGAGAUCCGAUCCGUCUUUGUUCGGUCUAUUGUGGUAUAUCGUAAUUUUCGCUGGCAGAUGGAUGGUGAAGUGCCGCCCGCGAAGCUUCUAAGUCAACUCAUUCAACGCUUAUGUACAUUCGAGAUUACCACAGGUAUUCGGUAUCUCUUAGGUGAGCUUAGUCUGUUUCACGGCAAGCCCUCAAUUGAUGCUUAUAAACAUGCACUUAUUGCUUUCUCGAGAGCUGGUGACAUCGUGAACGUGAAUGACGUGUUUGAAAAUUUUCUUUCGGAUCAUGGGAAGCCAUUAAGUCGGAGGCUUCUGACUCCACUUCUAUAUGUACAUGCGAGAUAUGGUAAUGUACAAGAGACUCUCCGCCAGUUCGAAAGGAUAUCAGGAGAGUUUGGGUUGGAACCGAAUGUGGUAUGCUGGAAUAUCCUUCUGACAGCAUAUACCAAUGCUGGUGAUCUGUCUGGAAGCUUUACCACAUUCAAAAAGAUGGUCCAAGACGGGGUGGAACCAGACUCCCACUCUUUCGGCACACUCAUGGGACUUUGCGCUAACAGGGGUGAUAUUGACACUGUCCGCCAGCUUCUCGCUUUGGCAAAGCAGCGCAAGGUGCAGAUCACGGCUCCAUUCCUUGACACCAUCGUGGAGGCGUACUGUAACAAUCAGAAAUUAGACGUGGCUGAGAGUGUGGCAGAGACAUGUCUUGGGUUGGAAGUGAAAGGUUCCCGCGUGAGAAUGUGGAACGUGCUUCUUUGGAACUAUGCCUUCCGAAUGGACCUGGAUUCAAUCACCCGCGUCCGUUCACGUAUGGAAGCUGCUGGCCUACAGCCUGAUGGCAUGACAUAUGCUGCCCUUAUGCUCAGUUUGGUGCUCAUUGGGCAAACGGAUUCCGCGCGUCGCAUCCUGAGGACACUCCACAGAAGUCACCGGAUGUAUGCUACCGAGUUCCAUUAUGCCAUUAUAUUAUAUGGUUAUGUAAAAGAUCGGAACCGGGAUAUGGUUCACAUCAUCUUUCGUGAGAUCAAAGAACGUUUCAACCGACCUGGUUUCAGCUCAAGCCUGCUUGUCUUGAAGAGCCAGCUCCAACGCGAUUUGCAGUCAGUCAAAAGCGGGAAUGGGCAGGUGGAUAGCGCGGCUGUUCGGCUCGAUAAUGCUGAAAAAUUCCUUGCCGAGACUAUCGCGGAGUUUGACACCACCAAGCUGGCUACGAAACUACCAAUGCCUGGUGUAGGGAAACAAACCAUGAACGAUGCUUUCCCCGCUAUGUACUAUGAAUACAUCAUCACGGCAUAUGGCACGAGGGGGGCUUUUGCGAAGGCACGAGAGCUAUUUGAUCAGUUUAUCAAGAGCCGAGAAGCGUCAACUUCGUCUGAGAACGUUUACGACAUGGCACCUCUUCGUUUACUUUCCGCAUUGAUGCUCGCCUACCUGAAGGCAGAUCAACACAAAAAGGUGGAAGAAUGCUGGAAGAUGGCAUUUUCUCGUGCGAAAAAGCUGGCCCGCCGUCCUACAGUUGAUGAAUGGCUCUCUAGCCAGCUACCUUCCACGGACAUCCUUGAGCCGCCUCGGCCAUCUUUGCCUAAUUCAGCCAGCAAUCACAAGGAUAUUUUGCUGGAUACAGAAGAUUCCCUUCCCGACUCCUCGAAGAAGUCAUUAAUCUUGUCGGCAUAUCAGUACCUGCUGUCCCGACCACUGUCUUUGUACAUGCGUUCCCUCGCCUAUCGGAACGAAACCUCCAGGAUACCUCAAACUGUGAGGGACGUCGAGGAGGCAGGCUUUACGUUGACCACCUAUAAUUGGUCCACUUUCGUCCAGAUGCUUGCGUCUUCGGAGAAGAGUUCCGACCAGGUCGAGGCCUUCACUGUCUUUGAGCAAAGGUUCAUGCCCAACUUCCCUGGAUGGAAACACCUUCGCCGAGGAUAUGGCCUGAAACCUGCUGGUGUGCCUUCAAGCAUUGACAUUAUCGAAAACAAGACACGCGGAAAACAUCCCAACCUGCUCGGUAAAGAAGGCCGCAAGUAUUGGAGCAAGAUUCAGCCGGAGUUCAUGCAGCCUACAUACGUUUCCAUGGUAUACCUGGCCUCAGCCUUACUCGGUUUUCGAGAAAGAAGUAUUUUUGAUGGAGGAGCUGAGCUCAGUUCUCUUCAUCAAGCGGCCCCUAGGACUAUUGAGGCAAUCGCCGACAUGCCUUAUCUGCGCGAGAAGUUCCAGGGUGUUCUGCUUCGGCGUCGCCAGGAACAAGGGGACAGCAGGGACGAUUUGGAUGGUCGCGAGCAUUUUGUUUGGACUGGCGGCAUACUUGGAGUUGGCGGCCAACGCAGGCCUGUCUUAGAGAUCGAUGAAACGACAGGCGAGCCAACCAACAAUAACGAAGUAGCUGAACAACCAUCGCAGCCGGACGUCCAAUUAAAAGAGGUUUUGGAAGGUGUGACUGAUGAACCUGAAUCUGAUGGAGUGCGACCUUCCGAGGGUUUCUUCGCGCCUCCAGAAAAAACCAUCGACUAUCCGGAUGAGUAUGACAUUGAGGUCGAAUCGCUCUUAGAGAGCAGACGCCAUUCACAGCAAGCCAAUGAUGAAUUGUCGGACAACGAACAUCGCGAGAGCAUUGGCAGUAACCAUGCAGGUGAUGUUUCUACUUUGACGGAGGAUAUACUCCCCAUAGACGAGGAGACUACAGAUACUGAGCCUGAUAAAUUCUCCGGGGACUUUCAAGACGAAGAGCGAACGACUUUCGAACAGUCGAAAGAGGGUAAUUAGUUACGGAGUAAGAGAUUUGUCUUGCAUUGUAUAUAUCAAAGCGCCAAGUGUAUAGUACUACGUAUGUAUAAGAGAUAUUUAGAGUGUA